AUGGACAGGGCCAGGCCGGAGCCGCCGCCGCCCUCGACGACCGCGCCGCGCCCGCUGCGCCCCGCUCCGCCCGCGCUGCUGGUGGACGGCACGUCCUUCCUCCGGCCCGUGGUCGUCGAGCCGCCGCCUCCUCCUCCUCCUCCUCCGUCGUCGUCGUCGUCGUCGGCCCAGGGCGCCGCCAUCGCCACGGUGGCCUCGACGUCGUCGCCACGGCGCCUGCUGCGGGUGAAGUCGGAGCAGGUGCUGCUGCUGCCCCCGGCGGCCGACGACGGCGCCGCCGCCGUGGUCGCCUCGUCCGCGCAGGCGCGCUUGCUGCAGCUGAGGCCCGAGCUGCUGCUGCUGUCGCCGUCGGCCGCCGAGGGCCACCGGCCCACGCCGCCGCGGGCGCUGCAGAUCAAGGCCGAGAAAGCCGAGCCCGAGCCGCCCCUGACACCGCGGAGGGUCGUCGAGGCCAGCCAGAGAGCGUGCAGGGCCGUCAAGACGGCGGACGAUGGCACGGGGAAGAAGGGCAAGCCGGAGGGCGCCGAGGAGCUCACGAGGGACGUGGCGGUGGGCGCCGAAGGACCCACGCCGGCCUUCGGGGAAGCGGUCAUCAAAACCGAGGAGCCCGACGGAGCCCGUGAGGACUGCGGCCUGGGCGCGGACGCCGCCGCCGAUGGCAUGGCCCACGGUGGCAAAGAGGUCCUCGUGGGUCAGCCGUCCAGCGCUUUCGGCGCGCACCAGCAAGACCUCAGGAUCCCCUUGACUCUGCACAGCGUCCCCUCGGGGGCCAGGAUCCAGUUUCAGGGACCUCCGCCUUCCGAGCUGUUGCGCUUAUCCAAGGUCCCCCUGACACCUGUGCCUAUUAAAAUGCAGUCGUUACUGGAGCCUUCUGUAAAAAUUGAGACCAAAGAUGUCCCUCUCACCGUGCUUCCCUCAGACGCAGGAAUACCAGACACUCCCUUCAGUAAAGACAGGAAUGGCCACGUGAAGCGGCCCAUGAAUGCGUUCAUGGUUUGGGCAAGGAUCCACCGGCCAGCACUAGCCAAAGCUAACCCAGCCGCCAACAAUGCGGAAAUCAGUGUCCAGCUCGGGUUAGAGUGGAACAAGCUUAGCGAAGAACAAAAGAAACCUUAUUAUGACGAAGCGCAAAAGAUUAAAGAAAAGCACAGAGAGGAAUUUCCUGGUUGGGUUUAUCAGCCUCGUCCAGGGAAGCGAAAACGCUUCCCUCUAAGUGUUUCCAAUGUCUUCUCUGGUAGCACUCAGAAUAUCAUUCCUACAAACCCGGCGACGAUUUAUCCUUACCGCUCACCUUCCUACUCUAUGGUAAUCCCCAGCCUACAGAAUACCAUCACUCAUCCAGUUGGUGAAGGCCGGCCUGCCGUCCAGCUGCCCGCCCCCGCCGUCCAGCGCCCCAGCCCCCUCCCGCUCUUCCAGCCCAGCGUGUCGGGCGCGGGCCAGGUGGCCCUGCAGGCUCCGAACCUCGCGCCGCGGCCCGCGCUCCCCGCCCCGCGCUUCGCCGGCCCUUCCCAGACCGACUCGCACGGGCUCUCGAUGGGCGCCAGUCGCUCAGUAAAGAGGCCCACCCCGGUGCCGGUGUCGCUGGAGAGCGCCAGCAGGAUUCCGACCACUGCAAGUACUGCCCAUGCCAGAUUUGUGAGCUCCCCCAUCCAGCCCCCCAAAGAGUAUCCCAGCGUCGCCGCCGGUCCCCGCAGCACUCCCAUCCCCUCAGCCCCUCCCAUCCCGCACGCUCACGUCUACCAGCCUCCGCCCCUCGGCCACCCAGCCACGCUGUUUGGAACACCGCCUCGAUUCUCAUUUCACCAUCCUUACUUCCUGCCUGGGCCUCACUACUUCCCAUCAAGCACGUGUCCUUAUAGUCGGCCUCCUUUUGGCUAUGGAAAUUUCCCAAGCUCAAUGCCAGAAUGUCUUGGAUAUUAUGAAGACAGGUACCAAAAGCACGAGGCCAUCUUUUCAGCGUUAAAUAGAGACUAUUCUUUCAGAGACUACCCUGACGAGCACGCGCACGGCGAGGACGCCCGGGCCUGUGAGGGCGCGGACCGAGCUCCGUACUACAACAGUCACGGCCACGGCGGGGAGGAGUACUUGAACCCCGUGCCUCCGCUGGACAUGGGGGCCUUGGAGAAUGUCUUCGAAGCCCCAACGUCAACUCCCUCUAGUGUCCAGCAAGUCAACGUCACUGACAGCGAUGAAGAGGAAGAAGAAAAAGUGCUCAGGAAUUUAUAAUUUAUAACAAAUAUGCACAGAAAAUAAACAUUUCUUAAAAUAUAUUCUGGGUCAGUUGGUGUGAGAAAAGAGCCUAGAAUGCUUUGCUGAGCGUUUUCAGCCAUGAUUGGAGGAGGCCGAACCCAAGGCUCUCUCUGCCCUCGCACAGCUUUGAGAGUGAAAGUAGACUCCUGCUGUUUUAGCGUAGGGUUGCUUAAAACCAAAAGUAGUUAUUUUAUGGCUGAAGUUGGCAUCAGCACGGGAUGUCAUUUCUUUAUCCUGGAACAUGCAGUGUGUGUGAGGACACGGGAAGCCUGCCUGGCAGGACGAGUGUGGCUUGCACUUGACCUCAGCGCACACUUUUCUUAAUUUUUGUUUGGUGUUUAAUAUUUAUGGAUAUUGUCA